GUCACGCACGGCACCUUCCUGCCGUCAUCGCCGACGCCGCCGCCGCCGCAGCAGCAGCGCAGCAUGGCACGGUGGUCCUCCCCGAAGGACCCCGCGCUUGAGGCCGCGCUCCGCCGGAACCGCCGCUGGAUCGUGAACAACCAGAUCAAGCGCCUCCUCCUCCGCUUCCCGUCCCGCUCCGCGCCCGUCCGCCUCCUCCAGUCCCGCUUCAAGACGCUCGACCUCCUCGGCCGCGCCGGCAACUGGCUCCGCAAGUACCCGUCCUGCUUCGACCUCUCCGACGGCGGCGGGGAGGAGCCCUGCUUCGGGUUCACCAAGCGGAUGGCCGCGCUCGUCGACGCCGAGGAGGCCGCCGUCGCCGCGUCCGAGCCGGCGAUGGCCGACCGCCUCGCGCGCGUGCUCAUGCUCUCCCGUGGCCGCCGCCUGCAGGUGUCCAAGCUCGCCGCGCUGCGGGGCCCGCUCGGCCUGCCCGACGACUACCUCCUCCGCAUCCUCCCCGGUCGCACCGACCUCUUCCGCCUCGCCAACCCCUACCCGCACCGCCGCAACGCCGCCGAGCUGGAGCUGCUCCGGUGGGUCCCUUCCCUCGCCGUCUCAUCUGUCGAAGCGGCCGCCUCCGCGAGCAACUCGGCCCCGCAGUUCACCUGCUCGUUGCCGCCCUCCUGGACCAAGUCGCAUGCCAAGAUGGAGGAGUUCAAUUCGACGCCAUACAUCUCGCCGUACUCGGAGAAAUGGGCAGUGAUUGGCACAGACGCCGACGCCGAGAAGCGAGCAGUGGCGGUGGUGCACGAGCUCCUCUCGCUGACGCUGUGGAAAAAGAUGUCGGUUUUGAAGCUGGAGCACUUCAGGAGGGAGUUUGGUUUGGCGGAGGACAUGGCCCGGAUGCUGCUCCGGCACCCAUGCCUCUUCUACGUCUCGAACAGGUACAAGAUACACACGGUGGUGCUCCGGGAAGGUUACGAGGGAUCGGAGCUGAAGGAGAAGGACCCGGUGGUAGCGGCGAAGGAUAGGCUCGGGGAGCUGAUGCAGGAGGGGCUGCAUGAGUAUAAUCAGCGGCGACGUGCCGCGAAUUUGGAGAAGAAGAGGAGGAGAGGUGAGAUUGAGAUAAAGGAGGAGGAGGAGGAGGAGGAGGAGGAGGACGAUGAGGCAGCGGCGCGGUUGGAUAGUGCUGAGAAGAGGGAGGAGAGGAGGAAGUUUUACAAGGUGUUGUUCAAUGAUGAUAACCACUGAUGAGUUUGUGCAGAGUUUUGUUUGUGACUCUUUUCAAGUUCUCAUCUCUAUUGUUGCAAGAUAAGCUUAUUGAAUUGAUUUGUUUUAAGAGCAUUCAGCACUUUGGUGUUUCACAAUGGAUCAAAGUGAUUACUGAAUGGACGAGAUGGGGGUGGCAUUUCUAUGGAAGCAUUAGGCAUCUGUCGCAAGGUCCAACGGAAGGUUGUUCUUUGAGUUCAUGACCUAUAGAUGUUUAAGGACCUUGGAGUGGAGAACUGCAUAAUGCCACAGGAUAGUUUGGUAUUUUGGCAGACUCGAACAAUGGACCAUUUCUGUAUCAACAUGAAUGAUUAUAUGGAAUUCUGGUUUGAGAAGACUGGUGCAAAGGACUGAUGAACGAAAUUAAUGAUGUACUUUAUGUAAUAAGAUCGAAGAUUCUACAAAUUCUGCAAGUGAAAUGCUCAUGUGGAGUUGGUCUUUGUCAGAUGGAGAAAGCAGUUUGAAAGAUGAGCAGUUCAGAAGCAGCACAGAUCUCAAACUAAGCACAUCAGGAUCGUUGGUCUUUCAACACAAUGGCAAUUGUCUUUUGCACGCUAGUCGUCUACCUCAGAAUUGGAUCUUCACUGAGGACGCAAUAAGUAAGUAUUCAGAGGGAUUGGGAUACCUUUGGCCAUGUUGAAGCCGCGUUUUUCAAGCUCCCUGUACUCCUGGCAUAGUGCACAACUUUCACAGAAAAAGUGGACACAGCAGUCAAAGCAGGGCGACUGUUGCAAGUUGUAUUGUGCCCUCAUUGAGGAUCGUUUGGUACAAGAAUACAAGCAUUGACAGCCUAUUGUCCCUAGCAACACAUACAAGGUUCCAUGCAUGCAGCAUGCUGGAAAAACAGGGAUAGUCAGCAUGGAAGAUUUAUGAUUUUUAUGCUCAAACCAAAGCACAAGCCGAGUAAUAAGUAAAACGCUUACAUGAUGGGCCUCUGUCCACAAUCUCAGCAAUGCGACCGAAUGUAAUGCAGGGGCACCAGCAGUCAAGCAACCUGUACAAGUAUGGAAGAAAUGAAACACAGACGUGAGACGUCAUACAUGAAGUCCAUGUAUAAGAGGUGCAAGAACAGAGAAACAACUCUGCAUACAGGUUCCACAAUCUCCAAAGCAGCCGAAAAGCCCAACUGACCACUCCGCGGACAUGCCUGAGAUCUGUGAUUCAAAGGUGAUACACAAGAUAUGCAGCCUAUGUGCCUUUUUAGGAAUCGUAUCUUCAAUCCUGCUGUUAUUUAUAUGGCAGUGGAAUUGUGCCAUUGCAGUACCAUUUGCAAAAACAUGGCAAGGUUUAAUUGCUUUGACGACCAAUUUCAGAGCAGUAGUUUAUUUUGUUUUGCUGGCUUCUUCCCGUCGCUUUGUACUGGGUAUGUUUGCUAAUGUUGCAUUUGCAUGUUUGUCUUUGAAUUGGUCCUUCUGAAGUUCAGUCAGCAUGCUCUGCUUUGAAUCCUUCAAUCUGAGAAUACUAUGCUGGCCUCUACUUCCUGCUCUUAUAGUUGUGUUGGUAAUUCCCAUGCACA